GGGGGCGGCACGGCCCGGCCCGGCCGCUGCCGGUAACGGGGAUCUGCCUCCGGUAACGGGGCUCCGCCGCGCCGUGCCCGGCCCCGUCCCGGCCGCUGGCGGCGUGUGGGGACUGCCCGCCCGCUGCGGGGGGCAGCCGAGCCACAGGCGGCGGCCCGAAGCCCGCCCGAGCCGUGAGGUAGCCGCGUCUCGUGUGCCUGGCCGCUGGUUCUGUAGGCACGGGGAUGCAAUAACACCUCUUCGUUUUUAUGUAUUUUUUUGGGCAGUUCGGUGUUAUUUCUUCGCCAGAGCUCCACCCGAGGCGUACGACUUUGCCGGUAUUUAUGGAGAUACACACAAGAGCUAUGAAGCAACUCCCAUUCCCAGUUGCCACUAUAGAAGCUAAAGUGCUGCUGAAGGGUCAAGAGAAGAGUUCCGGUCUCUGCAUCUCCAGGUAUUAAGUCUUUCGAGUAGUACUUGUUUUCAAGAAAUACUAUGGACAACAUGAAAAAAGUUGAUGACAGCUCUAGUAAUGAUGGAUUUCUGCUUAGAAUGGGCCUCAAUGAUAACAAAGCUGGAAUGCAAGGCUUGGAUAAAGAGAAAAUCAAUAAAAUCAUCAUGGAAGCUACCAAGGGUUCCAGAUUUUACGAAAACGAACUUAAAAAAGAUCAACAGGUUAACCAACGAAUUGAAAAAAUGAUGCGGCUAAAAGAGAAAAUUACACAACAACAGCUAUUGAAAGCGCAGUUGCAGGUGGACAGACUUGUGAUGGAACUGGAACAGAGCCGUAACCUUAGCUGUACUAUUGUACACAUUGAUAUGGAUGCCUUCUAUGCAGCUGUGGAAAUGAGAGACAAACCAGAGCUGAAGGAAAAGCCUAUUGCAGUGGGAUCAAUGAGUAUGUUGUCUACUUCAAACUAUCACGCUAGGAGAUUUGGUGUACGUGCAGCCAUGCCUGGAUUUAUUGCUAAAAAGCUGUGUCCACAUUUAACUAUAGUACCAUUAAACUUUGAAAAAUACGGCAAAGUGAGUAAAGAGGUUAGAGAAAUACUGGCUGAAUAUGAUCCCCAGUUUAUGCCUAUGGGCCUAGAUGAAGCCUACCUGAAUAUAACUGAGCACUUGGAGGAAAGACUGAACUGGCCUGAAGAUAAGAGAAGAUUCUUUUUCAGAACAGAAAGCACUGCUGAAAAGGAUAAAGAGGAUAUAAAUGUGUCUGGCAAACUGAAUGAAGAUGGAUAUUCUUCUUCACCUGUGCUGUUUGAAGACAACACUCCUCUGAUGGAUGACCACCCUGGACAAAAAGAUCAGUCACUGGAAAAUUCAAUUGUCUUUGGAACUACUGCAGAGGAAGCUGUGAAAGAAAUUCGUUUUAGGAUUGAACAGAAAACUCAACUGACUGCUAGUGCAGGAAUAGCUCCGAAUACAAUGUUAGCAAAAAUGUGCAGUGAUCGUAAUAAACCUAAUGGGCAAUGCAGAAUUUCUCCAGAGAGACAAGCUGUGCUAGACUUCAUAAAAGAUUUGCCCAUUAGAAAGGUACCAGGCAUAGGAAAAGUAACAGAGAAGAUGUUAAAAGCACUUGGAAUUGUGACUUGCUCAGAACUUUACCAGCAGAGGGCACUGCUUUCUCUUCUUUUUUCAGAAGCAUCUUGGCGUAAUUUCUUGGAUAUCUCCCUUGGGUUGGGGUCCACACAUUUGGAAAAGGAUGGAGAAAGAAAAAGUAGGAGCACUGAAAGGACAUUCAGUGAAAUUAACACAGCAGAAGAUCAAUACAGCUUGUGUCAAGAACUCUGCAGAGACCUUGCUCAAGAGUUACAGAAAGAGGGACUUAAGGGUAAAACUGUUACCUUGAAGCUAAAGAAUGUGAACUUUGAAGUAAAAACAAGAGCUUCAACAGUGCUGUCCUCUGUUUCUACUGAGGAGGAAAUAUAUGCUGUUGCUAAGGAGUUGUUAGGAACAGAAAUUGAUAGCGUUGCUCCUCAACCUUUAAGGAUAAGACUUAUGGGUGUACGAGUAUCAGGAUUUCUAAGUGAAGAAGAGAAGAAAUACCAACAAAAAAGCAUUACAAGCUUCUUAAAAUCAGGGAAAGGAAAUGGUUUUCUUAGGCUUCAGCCAGGGAAAUCCAACCAUGAAAAUUUCACAAAAAAUUCAGAAGCAUCUUCCAGAGAGAGUUUUUUUGAUAAAAAGCGAGCUGCAAGGCAAUUCAAAUGUGAUAAUGUUGUUCCAAAUGAAAACGUAGGUAAGCAGCUCUUUCAUGAUAUAAAAUCAACGGCAAAUUUUGUGGAAGAAACAAACAAGAUCACAGACUUACAAAAUUCCGAUGUGUGUGAGAUCUUCACCUGCCCUGUUUGUUUUGAGGAGCAAAGCAGUACUAAUUUGGAAGAGCUUAAUAGGCAUAUUGAUGAGUGCCUUGCUGGGAGUCAUGUUAAAGAUACUGUGAAAAUAUCAAAGAAUGACAAUUCAAGAGAAGAUACACUUAACUUUUUUCCACAUUGUAAAAAUGAGAAUGUUGAAGCCUGUAAAAAAAAUAAAAUGAAUCAAUUAGGAGGAACAGGCCAAUCAGCAAGUGCACCUGACAACUCUGCUAGCAAUUGCACAGAGAGAUUCACUCAGAUAAUAUCUGAUAAAUCUCACAGAGAAAGACAGCCUGGUGAUCUCAGUGCUACUGCUGGAAACGCAUGUAUAAAACAGUGUCUCUUUCCCAAAAGAACUUCACAAGAGGAUGCAGAACAUUUUGGAGAGACAGAACAUACAGAAGAAACUAGUUCAUCCUGUUACUUUGAAGCCAAAGAAGACAAUGUUCUUGUUUGUCCAGUUUGUAAUUCAGAACAGAAAGCCACCAGUCUUAUGUCAUUUAACAGACAUGUAGAUGUCUGCUUAAAUAAAGGCAUUAUCCAGGAGCUGACAGAAAAAAAUAAUUGUCCUGCUAAGACUCGUGAUACGGAAAAUUUAAACAGACCUGGAGCUUUAAGCAGAGGACCGCAGUGCACAAAUCCAUUGCAAGGAACAAAAAGGUCUGGAUUAACAACUUCACAGUCAGUAUCGAAAAAAGCCAAGUCAAGCAAUUCCAAGCAUACAAUUGAAAUGUUUUUUAAAUGACUGUGUGACAUCAUCCUCCAUAUGAAGUAUUUCAUAGCAUUUUAAGACUGAAAAUUAAUUUAGCAUUGGUGGUAGGCUGGAUUCAUGUAGAAUCUAGCUGGAUUCACACAGGAGCCAUUGCAUACCUGUGAUGCCUGUGCAAAAAGAAUAUUAUGUUUGAAGCUGAAGAAGAGAUACAACUGAGGUCAUUCAAUUAUUUUGAAAAAAAAAAAUAUAUAUUUUUUUCAGUUUCUGAGAAUUGAAAUUUGCUAGCACUUUGUUUAUACUGAAUAUGUAAAACUUUGUUAGAGUCAGCAGCAGUCUCAUGAAUUGCCUUUGCAAUGGAACAGGUUUAUUAGAGCUGCCAUGGAGAAAGUCUGCAGGGCAAGCUCCCAGGAAAGUAGGAGUCAUUAGCUAGGGUGCCACAUGGUGCUUGCUGAUGGCCCUUUACCUAGAUCUGGCCUGCCAUCCUCUCUGCAAGGCAGAGAGUUGGACAUGGCAAAAUUAAUUUGUGUUACUAGCUGUGUGAUAACACAAAAGAGCUGAGUUGCUUGAUUUCAGAUCUUACGAAUGUCUGAUUUGUCAGUGGACACAAAAACUGAUUAGUCUUGCAGCUUCAAAAAAAAAAAAAGAUCAAUAUUUCAGGGCAUGGUCAAGCUUUCAUUGUUGUCACUGAAAAUGACUUCAGUAAGAGGUGACGGACCAACCGUAAAGAGCUUACUGUGGUGAGGUGCCAGAUGACUUCGCUGAUACUAAAAAUAUUAAUAAACCAGAUGAUGGAAAAAGGAUGUCUUCAAAGAAAGUCAAACAAAGUCUGUUUGAUCCUUGUCCUUUCCAAGGAGACUGAGAACUUCAGUUUUCUUUUCAGUCAUUAAAUUGGUACCUGUCAGUGGGACUAAAUUUACUAUAAGUAAAUAUGUAAUAAUAAUAAUAUGAGUAAUUUAUAAAUAUACAAGAUGCUGAAAUGAAGAAAACUUAUUGUUUAACUAUCUUUAUUUAUAAUUAUUUUUUAUUUUUGAAUACAUGAUAUUUUAUGAAUAUACGUAAGGAGGAAACUGUAAAGUGCAAAUACUUAAAGUACUCUGUAUAGAUAUUCUGUUUACACCAAUAUGCUUAAAUGUAGACAUUUUAUGAUAAUAAUUUAUGAUGAUAGCUUUCUUAGAAUUUAUGCAAUAAUAAACCUUUGAUGAAAUAUAUUUUUUUAAAUGGGAUAAUCUUUAAAAUUGCUACAAUAAAAGUGUCUAUCCUGUUGCUUAACUUUAUGGGUAUUACUUUGGGGUUUGUAUGUUUUUUAAAACAAACAAAUGUCUUCCCUGGUAUGCUCAGGCUAAGUUCAGAAUGUACUUUUUCACUUUCAAACUUGUUGGAAUGAUUUCACUAUCUCCACCUGCUCAUCUCUGUUUGCCAGAUGCCACUGUACCUGCAGCUCUGUUAUUUGAAUUCAGUGCUCUCUAAUCUGCUUUGGGCCAAAUUAGUUGAUCUAGUUCAGACUACUCUGUAGGCUGAGACGGUCAACUUUGUCUAAACAAGGUCAAUGAGCAAUCAGCAUUUAGCUGUUCUGCUGACAGAGGUGGGAGCUGGAAAGUUCUGGUAGGGAAGACAUAAACGCAACAGAGGGAGCAAUGACUUAAGCUACCACUGCAGUUUAGAUAGUGAGCACCUGUCCUUCUAUUGAUUUAAAUCUCUCUAAUUCAAUAAAGUGUAGAAUCUGAAUGUUAUCUUGUCAUUGUGUGCAUAUGUUCAAAAUUUGUAAUUUUACAUGUGCAUUACUCAGCAAAAGAAGGAAACACCUUUAUGUGCUUGAACAAAUGAAGCUUAAAGGAUUGGCUUAGCCUGGGAAGUGGUUUUAUCAUUUGUUCUAAAAAAGGUGUCAUAGAUUUAUCUUUGAAUAUCAUAAUGUUAAAAUCAUGGAGUAUGUUAAAGUUAAUAUGGAAAUAAAGCUCUCAUUAUAAUUCUAAA